CACACAUUCCAAUUUAUGCAUCGUGCAUUUUCUUGGAACUGCAUAAAGUAAAUGGAGCAUUCCAUGUUGAAAUUUAUUAUAAAUAUUAUCGUGGAGAAGAUCCAGUGCAGCUAGAACCACUGUCGUUUCCGAAUUGCGGACAAAAAUGCCCACUGGAAAAAUUAUUCGAAAUUUACAAAGAUAUCAUACCAACUGCCGAUUUUGAUGAAGAAUGUCGUAUACCGGAUAAAACGAUCAGCCAAUUCCAUCAAAAUAUUUCAAAUAUUUCAAAUGAUUCAAACCAAAUUUUUCUAUCAUCAAUACUAUUAUUUUUUGGUUUGAUAACCUCAAUAAUUAAAAACUAACCUGGUAAGAUAUGUCGAAAGAUAAUGAGUCUUAUAACAACAUUUCAUGUCAAUGUUACAUGUUACUAAUCGUGAUAGGAAUUUACAUAAUAAUGACAGAUCACAUCGUAUGAAGAUAGAACAAUGAUAUAAUGUAGUGCUACGCUUGGUUGCAUCAAUUUUGAAGAAAAAAAAAAUAAAUUCAAACAAAUGUUGUCGAUGAAAACACGUGUGUUUCCAUAAAAUGUACUUUAAAAUAAAACAGAAAUAAAGAAACUCAAUAUUCUUGAACCCUCUGAACAAAAAUGUGUACAUGUAUAUCUGUGCAAAAAUUUAUAUUACUCUGGACUUUCGAAAUCGAGAUUAAACACGUUAUUGACAAUACAAUAUUCAGACCCAUAGAGUCUGACACAACUGACGUGAUUUGUUUUAUUCAGGGUAGGAAACCAAAACAAAUCUUAUUUUUUGAACAAAACAAACAAACAAAGUCUAUAAUGCAGCACGUUAACCAAUUACAUACAAAAAUGAUUUUGUAUUUUCUAAUCAAAAAGUUCAAAAAAAGAGAAAACCAAAUGGUCUUUGAUUUCAUAAGCUACGGUCCUGGCUGAUUCUUUUUAAUUAUACACACAUUUGCAUCUGUGUAUCACGAAAUGUUGAUUUUGAUAUCAUCUGGAGCCUCGAUCAGUGUUAUUUCGUUCAGAUCUUCACUUUUGUAAUUUUCCAUCGAUAAAAGACAGAGCUACGUUUUUCAACAAGAUAUGUUGCCUUUAAAAAUUUCUCUAUUCAUGUGUGUGGAAUUAAUAAUUAUUAAUCAAGUUCUAUCCAGAGUAGAGAAUACGAUAAACGAAAAGGCCGAACUAAUAUGUGCACAAGUUAUCUUUCAUCAUGGUUUUCGAAAUCCAUUUUCAAGUUUUCCGACAGAUCCAUGGAAAGAUAAAAAGCAUUUUAUCGGUGGAUUUGGAGCACUUUUAAACAGUGGAAAACAGCAACAAUACGAACUGGGCAAAUAUUUGCGAAGAAGAUAUCUUCUUGGAAAUGAACGAAACAUAAACAAGAUGGUUUAUGUUCAAAGCAUUGAUGACGAACGUAGUUUGAUGAGUGCCGAGACGGCGAUGGCUGCUUUUAGUUUAACCGAUGUUAAUAAUAGUUCGAGUGAGCAUUUACAAUGGCAACCAAUUCCAGUGCACACAAUUCCACAAGAAAAUGAUUACAUUUUGGUUGGAACAAAGUCAUGUGCUCGCUACAAUCAUGCGUAUAAAAUGUACAAAAAAUCUACCGAAUAUAAAGCAUUAAUGAAAAAAUCAAAGAUUUUAUAUCAGUACUUGGAGAAACAUUCGGGAAAAGAGAUGAAAAAUCUUCAAUCCGUUCACAACCUUUACGAUACACUCCGAAUUGAAAAUUUACAAAAUAAAACUAUGCCAAAAUGGACUCAAAAGGUGAUUGCACAGCCUGAAUAUGAAUCGAUUGCGGUACUGUCACUAAUCCGCGGCACUGAAACACCCGAAAUGGCGCAUUUGAGUUCGGGCUUUUUAAUACGUGAAAUAUUAGAGCGUUUCAAAGAAAAAAUCAAAUCAACCUUGGUGCCGGAUCGUUCACUUUUCUUCUAUUUUGCAAAUGAUGCAACAAUCGCUCGUGUCUUAAAUGUUCUCGGACUAUUCGAUUUCUAUAUUGUGCCAUUCGCAGCGAGUCUUCAUUUUGAAUUGUACAAGUCAAAUGAUGACCUUUACUUUCAAAUCGUCUAUAGAAAUACAACAGAAGAAAAUCCAUUGCCCCUCGACAUUCCAAUGUGUGGAACAAAAUGUUCGUUGGAAAAGUUUCAUGAAAUCUAUGCAAAAAUCAUUCCAACUGCAUCUUUUGAAGAAGAAUGCCGAAUUCCAACUGCUUUUGAUGAUUUUAAAAAUGGAAGCCUAGUUUUGCUAGUGAGCCUAUUCAUGAUUUUAACAGUCAUUGCUGUCUUGUCAUGGAUAGUUACUCGGGAGGAAGCAGACCCUGAAUGAAUUCAACGUGGAAAAAAUUCAAAUCAAUAAAUUUUAAAAAUGUGAUUUAAAAAAUACACUUUUUGCAACCGAUUGGUAUAUAUAAUAUUGCUCAGCGCUGCUGCCAUCCA